GUGAACUUAUUUUUGGACGGAGACGGCAUCUUUUAAAGAGUUUGUCUCCUCUGUAUAUAGAGAGAUGGGGAGAGGCGGGGUGAGAGAGAAGCGCACGGGUGAUUGAUCUUGCAUCCAUGGAGUCGGGCUACGGCUUCCGCUUCUCCGACGACGACGUGGAGUCGGCGAGCUCGCUGACGGUGGGGGAGCGGCUGUGCGCGGCGUUCCUGCCGUUCGUCGCCAUUGCCGAGGCCGUCUUCUUCGCGCUCACCGACUGCCUCGCCGACCUCCUCCCGCCGUCCGCCGCCGCCUCCCGCCACCGCCGCUCCGCCGCUUCCUCCUACCUCGCCGCCGUCGCCAGGAAAUGGAACCACCAGCAGCGUGGCAGGGUCGGCAUCGGCUGCACCUCCCUCACCCUCCGCCAGCUCGCCCGCCUCGCCGACGAAUCCAGAUGCUUCUCCGUGAACGAGGUGGAGGCGCUGUUCGAGCUCUACAAGAAGAUCAGCUGCUCCAUCAUCGACGACGGACUCAUCCACAAGGAAGAGCUCCAGCUGGCAUUGUUUAAGACUCCAAGCGGCCAGAAUCUUUUUCUUGAUAGGGUUUUUGAUUUAUUUGAUGAAAAGAAAAAUGGUGUAAUAGAGUUUGAUGAGUUUAUUCAUGCUCUUAGCGUCUUCCAUCCAUUGGCACCAUUGGAAGACAAGAUAAAUUUUGCAUUUAGGUUGUAUGACUUGAGACAAACUGGGUUUAUUGAGCGUGAGGAGGUUAUGCAAAUGGUUAUCGCUAUUUUGUCGGAAUCUGAUAUGAAAUUGUCAGAAGAACUUCUCGAGGCCAUUAUUGAUAAGACAUUUGAAGAUGCUGAUGCUGAUAGGGAUGGAAAAAUAAACCAACAAGAAUGGAAGGAAUUCGUAUUGCGGCAUCCUAAUCUAUUGAAGAACAUGACACUGCCUUAUCUAAGGGACAUCACGACAGUUUUCCCUAGUUUUGUCUUCAACACCGCGGUUGAAGAUUGAACAUAAUCUAGGAAUCACUUGAAGGUUGAACUGCGCAAGAUCCCCGGAUGAUGGUGACAGGUUGCCUGCUGAUCCUGCCAACUUUGUGCUGCAUGUUUCUUGGCCAGCUCUCAGGAAUGGAAACAGAUAUGAGAAUUCAUCAUGAGCCCUCGCUGAAGAACCACAAUUGGUGAUUGUUAAUCAAGAUCAAUGCUUUGAGACUCAAUUUUUCUGCAAACCGAGGCUCAUCUAUGACAGCAAAUUGGUCAACUUUUAGCAGACAAUCAAGUUCGUGUACAUACAUCCUCUCGGUAGUUCAGGAUUAAGGAGCAUAGUAGUGAGCAACUGUAUAUAUGAUUGGUUGUAGGACUCGGGAAAUUCAACGUUUUUGUAUCCGGUCAGUUUGGGAAUUAUCAUUCCAGUUUAUCUUUUUACAUACACUCUGUGAUUGGAUCA